AUGUGCAAAUAUUUUAAAAAAAUAAAAAAAUAGAUAAAAAAAGAAUUUCUCAACUUAAAAAAAUUAGAUCAUUAAAAUAUUGUAAAAAUGUACGAAUUAUAUAUAGAUAAAACUAAUGGAUGUAUUUAUACAGUUAUGGAAUUAAUUAAAGGUUAAGAAAUUUUUGAAACCAUAAGAAAAUCAGGAUAUUAUUCUGAAAAAACUGCCAAAAUAAUAUUCUAAUAAAUAAUAGAAGCAAUAUAAUAUAUGCACAGUAAAUCUAUAUGCCAUAGAGAUUUAAAACUUAAUAAUAUUUUGUGCGAUGAAGG